ACUAGGAGAACAAAGCAAAAGAACCCAUCUUUUUUUAAGGACUUUUCUUCAAUCUUCAAGAGACGCUCUGUGUGUGUCUAUAUAUAUAGAUAGAGUCGGGAACCCAAAUGAGAACAGGGUAAAGAGAUUAAAAAGGAGAAAGAAAAGAGUCUCUCAUGGCGAGUGGGACGGUGAUGGAGAAAAGCGGAGGAGGUGAAGCGGAGGUGUUAGACGGUUCUGAUAUAAUGAAAUUAGUUGGGAACGAGAAAGUAUUCAGUAAUUAUGUGAAUCAUAAAUUCGAGGAACUCGAUCGAGAUAGAGAUGGUAAGCUCUCUGUGAAGGAGCUCCAACCUGCUGUAGCUGACAUUGGUGUUGCUCUUGGCCUUCCUGCUCAGGGAACUUCUCCUGAUUCUGAUCAUAUCUACUCUGAGGUUUUGCAAGAGUUCACUCAUGGUAAACAAGAGACUGUGAGCAAGACCGAGUUCAAAGAAGUGCUUUCAGAUAUUCUACUAGGAAUGGCUGCUGGGUUAAAGCGAGACCCAGUUGUGAUCCUCAGGAUCAAUGGUGAGGACCUUGAAGAAUUCAUCAAUAGCCCAAGAUUUGAACCAGAGAUUGCCUCUAUAUUCUCCCAGAUUGAAACAGUUGGUGGAUCACUACGUAAUUACAUUAUAAAGGCUUUGGAGCUGAUCACAGUUGAUCAUGGAAUGCCACCUUCCACAGAUUCUUGGGUUGCUACCAACAUUGUGGAACCAGCUCUCCAAUCAUACCCAAUACAGGAUCAGGAAGGAAGUGUUUCUCAAGAGACCUUCAUAGAAGAAUUCAAGAAGGUAGCUGAGAUUCUAGCUCAACGUCUCAAAGAGCAGCCAGUCAUCGUCGCACACACCGAAAACAUCUUUAAUGGGAGCAGCAUCAAAAGGUUAUUAACUAACAAAUUCGAAUUGGAUAAGUCGUUGGAUGCAGCAGUGAGGGACCUACCAAAAGAUCGACACCACAAAGUCUCCAAGGAGUAUCUACGUGUUACGUUGGAUAUGCUGGCCCCAGCAGCUGGUUUGCCUCCUUAUGGUGCCCUACCUCAGAUGGACAAGGUUAUAAAUGAGGCAUUAACUAUGGUGAGUGCUGAUGAUGGGAAGGCAGUUCCAGAGGAAGAAUUCAAAAAACUCAUAACAGAGAUCCUUGGAAGUCUUAUGUUACAAUUAGAAGGCUAUUCCAUUUCGGUUUCUUCGAAUUCGGUCGUGCAUGAGCCUCUUUCCAGUACUUCUUCGGCAUUGUUACCCUAAUCGUCAUCUUAAAUGUCUAUUUUUAGGAGACGAUAAAGAAGUUUAACUACUGUCAAGUACUUAGAACGUAUAGUUACAGUAAUGUAAUUCACUUGGGUCUGUUCCUAGGAUGGAUAUGUUUUCCAGGUACAAAUGUUGUGACAGUUAUGCAA